GCUGGAAACUUGGCGCCUUGUCCUCAUCCGCUCAUCAUAAUGGUGCUGUAUGUGAUGAAGAGCCCCACCUGGACGUUUCUGUGGGUUGAAAGUUUUCACCACUCAUGACUAAGAGCUAACAGCUGCUGAGGGAGACCUUACCUGUUUAAAUGAUACUCAAGUAGCACUAAUGUAUUGUACCACAUCACCCGCAAACUCUGCUUUUAACAGAGGAGGGCGCCUUAUCUUAGUAACCCAGCAUGAGUCUGGAAGGCGUCGCCCACGCCCAUGUGUUAAAGGAAGUAUGUUUGGCACUUUAGAGGUGAAACAUCUUCAACAGAGCCUCAAGUCCAGCUGCCAGCUCUGCCACAUACCAUCACCUGAAAGACUGAGAGCCUUCAUAGACAUCAUGGAUUUGGUUUUUCAAAGCUGUGAUGGUCUCUAUGGUAAUGAUGGGCUGUUGCCUGCUCGUUGGCAGCUGCGCUACAGCGGUAAGUCCCUGGGUGAACAGCUGCUGUCCUCUCCUACCCUGCUGUGGCUUGGACCUCGGCUGGGCCUGGACACGCACGCCACCAUGGAGCUGCUGUGUCUCAUCGGGGCCGCACUGAGCCUCGCUGCCACUCUGGUGGAGUCUCUCCGUGACAGUAUAGUGUUUUUCUGCCUCUGGGCCUUGUACCUGUCCAUGUACCAGGUGGGCCAGGUUUUCCUCUACUUCCAGUGGGACAACCUGCUUCUAGAGACGGGGUUCCUUUGUAUCCUUGUUGCUCCCCUGACAUUAAUCCGGGGCUCCCUCCGGGUCAGAGAACACGAUCGUGUCACUUUCUGGCUGAUCCGGUGGCUGCUCUUCAGGCUCAUGUUCGCCUCUGGUGUGGUGAAACUCACAUCACGUUGUCCCACAUGGUGGGGCCUUACAGCUCUGACGUAUCACUAUGAGACACAGUGUAUCCCCACUCCACUGGCCUGGUUUGCCCACCAGUUGCCAGUGUGGUGGCAGAAGCUGAGUGUGGUGGGAACCUUUGUGAUAGAGAUCCCUGUACCUUUGUUAUUCUUCAGUCCGCUGCGUAGGCUGCGACUUGGAGCUUUUUACCUGCAGGUGCUGCUGCAAGUGCUCAUCAUUUUGUCUGGAAACUACAACUUCUUCAACCUGCUGACGGUGGCCCUUUGUCUGUCUCUGCUGGAUGAUCAACAUAUGCACUUCUGGCUGCGCAAGCCAUACGAGACCAACAACGACUCCAGGCUGUGGUCGUGGCUGUGUUACCUGCUGGAGCUGGCAGUCUGGUCCCUCCUAAUUUUUGGAACAAUUAUAUGCUUUGACCUGCAGCUGGAUGCAAAGAACACCAUUUCCUCCAGGACAGCGUUCACAUACCACCAGUUUAACCAGUUUCUGAAGACUAUCACUAUCCCCUGCAUAUGGAUUGGGGUCCUCUCUCUCACCUGGGAGAUGGUCACGUCAAUGUUCCGGUGUGCGUCUGUCUCUGGGUUCCUGAAAAGGUUCUUUGGAACUGUUCAGUGGACUGUGUUUGCUGCUGCCACAGCCGCAAUGUUCACUAUCAGUCUGGUACCCUUUACCUAUAUAGAGUAUGACUCUACUGCCAGGUUGUGGCCCGGAGUGCGUCGAGCCUAUGAGCUGGUGGAUCGCUACCAGCUGGUCAACUCAUACGGCCUCUUCAGAAGAAUGACAGGCGUUGGAGGGCGGCCAGAACUUGUCAUUGAGGGAAGUAAUGACGGAGUCACAUGGACGGAGAUUGAGUUUAUGUAUAAGCCAGGGAACCUAAGUGCACCUCCUCCUGUGCUGACCCCCCACCAGCCCAGGCUGGACUGGCAAAUGUGGUUUGCUGCCCUCAGUUCUCAUACACAGACUCCAUGGUUCACAAGCCUCAUGCACAGGCUGCUGCAAGGAAAGACGGAUGUGAUAGAGCUGAUCCAGACAGAUGUAUCUCAGUAUCCGUUCCACCAGCAGCCUCCUGCCUACCUCCGAGCUCACCGCUACAGAUACUGGUUUACUGAACCAAAGGCUGACGGGUCGUACCCAGAGCGUUGGUGGAGGAGGGUCUAUGCAGAGGAAUUUUAUCCCACAGUGCACCUGGGCAACAGCUUCUUAGAAAGCAUGCUCAACCACUAUGGGCUCAAGGACAAAUCGCCUCCACGUCGCAUGUCCAACACCACUGUUGUCCGGGUAGUUAGGUGGGUGCGCUCUCAGGUCAGAGGUGUUCCUGCCCACAUACUAAUCUGGACCCUCAUUGCCUGCAGUUCCACCUUGUGUCUCCUUUGGGGAUUGCGAAGCAGGAGCAAACACAGGGAAAAGACCCCACUCACUCAAAAGGGUCCUGUGACUGUCUGUGAUCACACAGAAAAUGUACCUGGAGGCUCUUUGGAUAAUCUUGAGGAGGAGGAGGAGGAGGUGGAGGAGGAGGAUGAAAAGAACAGUGAAGACAGUGAAGAGGUGGAAGGAGAAGGAGAAAACAAAGACACUGUUGAUGAAGAGGAGGAAGAAGAGGACACAAGAAAGGAAAGAAAAAGGUGAACCCCUCUGAAAGGGAAGCUUUGGUGAAGAUGCAGGUUAACGAAUCAUAGACUGUUAACCCCAUUUGUCUUUUUAAAAUGUUACUAAACAUGGCCAAAGAAAUUCUUUGUAUAUUUGUAUUUUCUGAUCAGUCAAUUACAGAAAGAUUUCUAAAAGUUUAUUUACCUCCAUUCAUUUGCACCUUCUGCAUCAGAGUUUGCUACUUCAGAAAUCACCUAUUGCCUUAGGAGCAGUUUUAAAGGAGCAGAUCUUCCCACAUGUUUAUGCAUUUUAAUCUCCACAAAGUUUAUUGUUCGCAUUACUGUCCCACUCUUUGUGUGUGUUGGCUUUUUGUUGCUGUCAAUAUUAAACUUGAAAAAAAUCACCCAAA